CCAAUAAAUCAUCAUCUUCCUUAGUCAAGUUGCCAAGUUUUUGGAGAAUUCUAUACACCCUGUAGACUGUAAAUGGAGCAAAACCCUAGUUCCUCUAGAGCUGACAGAAAGACCAUAGAGAAAAAUCGGAGGACUCACAUGAAAACCCUAUUUUCACAGCUCAAUUCUCUUCUCCCCCAUCAAACCUCUAGGGAAGCAUUGUCGCUGGCGGAUCAACUCGAUGAAGCUGCCAAUCAUAUAAAGAAUUUACAGGCAAAUUUGGUCAAAAUGAAGCAGAAGAAAGACAGAUUAGUGGGGAUUCAGAAUCAAUUUACAAGGAUGAGUUGUCAAACAAUGGCUGGGGCUAGAUCACCACAGAUUGAGGUUCAUGAGGUGGGUUUGGCUAUGGAGGUGGUUUUGAUCACUGGGUUGGAUUGUCAGUUCAUCUUCACUGAAACUAUCCGGAUGAUCCAUGAAGAAGGCGCAGAGGUCGUUAAUGCCAGUUUUUUUGUCAUUGACAAUACUGUUUUCCACACCAUUCAUUCAAAGGUUGGAGAAUCUGCUCCAGGUUAUGGUUGUGCAAGGAUAUCUGAGAGGCUCAAGAAGUUUGUGUAUGGUGCUAAUUCUUUUUGAAGCACAAUGGAAGAUCGAUGAAUACAACGUAAUAUGUUUCAUUUCUCUAUUGUUUGUUGAGAAUUCUUCGUAGAAUUCAUAUAUUUAUCUUGUCAAAGGUUGAAUGUUAUCCAUGGAAUGUCACAAUUUAGUCUAUUGGUUCCUUGGAAAUUGCUAAGACUGUGGGAUAAUUGCAUAAAAUUGCUUCUCUAACUGAUUAGAUUUUGUACUCUCUUGUUCUUGUUUGCUCCGAAUACAAAGAUUUGUAAACAAUAAAC